AGCGGCGUUUUUCCAUACUCGAUACUCAAAUUGCUGGCGAUACCAUUGUACUAGUUUUGUGUGGUAGCCAUUUUAAUUUUUGGCGUCGAAAAAACUACGGCAAGCGAUUUUCGCAUAUCCUGUAGUUUUGUUUAAUUGCAUUUAACGCAAAUCAGUUUUGCUCGUGGAGGCAGCAGUAGCUCAGCUCGUGUGUGAGUGUCGGACGAUACGAAACGUGUGGUUAAAACAGUUGUACGCCGAUUCUCUAAUUAACUCAAGUACAGUACAAUGUCGAUGUCUGCCACGUGCUACAAGUGCAACCGGCCGGGCCACUUUGCCCGGGACUGCAGCCUCGGUGGAGGACCUGGAGGCGGUGGACCCGGUGGUGGCGGUGGUAUGCGUGAUGGCGGUGGUGGUGGCGGCGGUGGCGGUGGCAUGCGUCGCAAUCGUGAAAAGUGCUACAAAUGUAAUCAAUUUGGGCACUUUGCACGCGCGUGCCCCGAAGAAGCGGAGCGCUGCUAUCGCUGCAACGGUGUUGGCCACAUCUCCAAGGACUGCACUCAAGCCGACAAUCCGACGUGCUACAGGUGCAACAAGCCCGGACAUUGGGUGCGCAACUGCCCCGAUGCGGUCAACGAGCGCGGCACCGGGCCAGCAAACGUCUCAUGCUAUAAGUGCAACCGCACCGGACACAUCUCCAAGAACUGCCCGGAGACGUUAAAGACUUGCUACGGCUGCGGCAAGAGCGGACAUCUGAGACGUGAAUGUGACGAGAAGGGUGGACGGAACUAGAGAAAGCGGCGUGAACGCUCUCUGAGAAAUCAACGAAAAUGUUUUGUCAAAUAAAAAAAAAUGAAAAGAAAAAAUAUUUAAUGAAAAAAUCAAUUGCCAGCCAACAACAACAAAAACAGCAAAACGCAAAAAGAAGAAGCGACCAAUCAGUAAAACCAAGUCAAGAUCAACAGACACGAAAUCAACCCCAACCAAACACACACACGUACAUACACACCCACACAGAAUCACAUCCAUACCCACACACAUACAUAUAUAUCUAACCAUCAUCUAAGCAGCACAUCUCUAAUUCCAAAGCUCCGAGCCUGCGGUCGUAGAAGAACAGUGUAUACACAAGCAACAACUAGGAGAAAGCACGAUGGACGAGAGAAGAGAAGACAACGAUGGCGCUAGUGGCGCUGGAAGGCAGUAGUAGAUGAAAAAGAAGAAGAAACAGACGUCGUUGUAUUUUAGUAGCUACUACCACAAUAUCAACAACAAC